AUGACGGAUGAAGAAAUCAUCGAGGACCUGAUCAGUGAAUUCUACAAAAGACGUCCAAUUGAGGGUGACAGUGAUAACGCUCUAGUGACGGCAUCCACCGAUUUGGACAGUUACUGCAUCAACAUCAAUGGUGACAAAGAACCAAAGACACUGGGUGGUGCAUCGUGUAUGUUUAUGCUUGACGUGAAUACUCCGGCAAAAGCGCAUGUUGGCGCAAUGCACUGGAACAAAAUCGACUUGAUGAAGCAAUCGUCAGAGCGUGAAAAGAACUCACUAGUAGCACUGGCAAUUCAAGGCCAUUUCUGCGCCGAAUACAGCGUUAAUCAAAUUCGUGAGGGUGAAUGUGUUCGCUACGCCUCGUUGCGCGAAUAUUUCGUGCUGUGCUGCUGCUAUAAUAAGCCAGAGCUGUGCGCCUACUCAGUUGCCAACGGAACACUGGCCACCAUGGAAAUGAACCGGAAGGUCUGGGAGACGAACGUCAAAGUUCGCAAUCCAAUUCUGGCUGAUGAAGUACGCACCAAAGCUUACGGUGUGAAAACCACUCGCUGGAUGUACCGUGAUUUCCUCUACAGCAAACCUCUGCAGCUUGGCAGUGGUGGGGAAAAGAUAUCCACAGGACGUAAUAUUCCUCUGUGGCACUGCGCUGUUGGUCAAUUUAUUGUGUAUAGCAGAGUACCAGUCAGCGAUUCUGCAGCACUGGAAACGAUUGAGCGAAAGAAGCUACCACUACGGACACAGUACUGUAUCUCUGAUAUCCUGAUCGAGCUUCACGAUGGCACAACAGAAUCCGUAUUUUUUGAAGCUGCGGCCGACUUGGAAGGAAAAUGCACCACAGAGGAGGCCGUUGACUGCGAUUUGGUUGGUCCGGAAUGUUUGAACGAUCUGUUGUACUUGUCGCACGUUCAAGCGGAAUAUCGAUGUUGUUGCAAUCGUGGAAAUCUGUGUAACCACUGGGGUAAUGGUAAUCCGUCGAAAAGCGAAUAUCAGAUUGGCCUCACUCCCGAAGAUUUUCAAAAGUUGUAUUUUCCUUCAAACUCGUGCUGGAGAGCUUUCGAUUUCCACUACCAACAAGAAAUUGUUAUUAUUGAUGGAAUUUCCUACGAUCAGUCGGUGACAUAUCGUAUUGCCCGUGUGGAACCUAUUGCUGGGCACUUGAGCUGUGUGAUCCUGAAUGUGUAUCCGCUGCGCGAUCAAAACUGUCAUCGCAGAGAACAACUGCAUCAGUCAGUUACCUAUCAGUAUUUCGAAUGCGAGUGCAAAAUGCAGGCACUGAUGAUCGUUAACAUAUACGGCACGAAAACAUGUGACGAGAAGAUGGAAGAUUAUUUUCGUCAGUAUAAGGACGCGCUAAAAAGGCCGGAGUGUUACGAUCUAGUUGGAGAAAAUGGACCAGUAUCAAUUGACAUGUAUGCGCUUGGCAAACCCACUAAUUUCACCACAAUGUUGAACAAGAAAGUGGUAACGAAUAGUACUCCGAUUUGUGUCAGUUACGUGAAAUUCAUGAGACGAGCCCUUUCAUAUGGAAUGUAUGCACUGCGUCCGGCUACCACUGCGGCCGAGUUACAGCAUGCCAAGCGUCUUCUGACUCACACUUAUUCCGGCAUAACUCUAUUCAUACAGCGCUGUCAAUCCAAUCUAACUACUCCAUGCAAUAGUAUGUGUUUCAUACACUUGUUGCCGUUUGCCGUGCGCGAAUACGCAAGAGAGUCAAAGCCGUCACCCAAUCCAAGAUGCUUUAGUGCAAACGAUUUACGACGAUCUACCUGUGAGACCGACUACGGAUGCUUUGAUUUUCAUUCUGUUGGAGGGGAAAGGCAUCGUGGAUGUAUUGAGAAUAUACCUGAAUUAGUGGAGAAGAACAAGAAAUUAGCGGUGUUAAAACAAUGCACGCACGUGGAGUUGUGGCGUGCUAGGUCCUACAUAUGCAGCGCGGUACGUGAUCUGAGUGGCGCCAGAAACAUUGACGGGGUGUUGUGCUGCUGCAGAACAACUUGUCCACUCAGGUUUCUUGCAUUUUCUGCUUAUUUCAUUUGCGCAAACCAAAAGUUAUAA